AUGGAACUGGGCAGCAAGUCACUCUGGAGAAUAGAAUGGGGCUAUGACCCUCCACCUCCCAAGUCUAUUGUCCCACUGGCCUUCCAGUCAACAAAAAACUGUCAAGCUGGCGAGACUGUGGAAAGUGGAACCUCAGGGGAGUUGGAUUUCAGACAGCAGCAGAAGGAAGAUCCAAAUGCAAGUGAAAACAAGCAGGAGAAUGUCAGUGGAAGACAAUCGAGUGUCAGGGAAAAAGCCAAGCUCUGGGAACUUCCUUCCCAACGUGACACCGGUUCUUCCGGCACAAGUUCUGCAGGACAACAGAAUCCAAGGCAACACCACAAGCUUGAGGAAGCUUCUCACCAAAGAGGAGACAGGCAGAACAUUAGUUCUGUGGGACAACAGCAUGGAAGACACCGAGACAGACAUCAGGAACUUCCUCAGGCAUCUGAACACCAGCCGGACUCUGCUUCAGAUGGCUUGAACCCUUACGCUGCCCUGGUGGACUGCCUCAGAGCUACCUGGCUAGCAGGGAAGACACGCCCUAUGGAAUAUCGGAGGACCCAGCUGGAGGCACUGGGCCGCUUUCUGGAGGAGAAUAGGUGCGAAAUCCUGCAAGCUGUGAAUGCAGACAUGCGCACGCCUGCUUUUGAAGCACAAAUGCCUGAAAUUUCUCUUGCUAGGAGUGAACUGAACAAUGCACUUAACAACCUGAGGUGCUGGAUGAAGGAUGAGUGUGUGGGCAAGAACCUGGCCACCAAGCUUGACAGUGCCUUCAUCCGCAAGGACCCCUAUGGUGUCGUGCUCAUCAUUGCACCCUAUAAUUACCCCUUCCAUGUCAGCCUGAUCUCUCUGGUGGGGGCCAUUGCAGCUGGGAAUUGUGUGAUUGUGAAACCUUCAAACCUAUGCAGAUGCAGUGAAAAGCUCAUGGCUGAAGUGCUGCCUACCUACCUUGACCCAGAAACCUUUGCUGUGGUGACAGGUGGUCCUGAACCAACUGCCAGAUUACUGGAGAACAAGUUUGACUUCAUCUUCUUUACAGGGAGCACCAAUGUUGGAAAAAUUGUCAUGACUGCAGCAACCAAGCAUCUGACACCAUUGGCUCUGGAGCUGGGAGGCAAAAAUCCUUGCUACGUGGAUGACUGCUGCAAUUUCCAGAAUGCAGCCAACCGAAUAGUGUCGACAAAGUUCUUCAAUUGUGGCCAGACUUGCCUUGUAGCAGACUAUGUUAUUUGUACUGCUGACACACAAGACAGGCUCAUUCCCUGCUUAUGUCAAGCUAUUCAUUGCUUCUAUGGCCCCAACCCUCAAGAGUCACCUGACUUUGCCCGUAUGAUCAAUGAUGAGCAUUUCCAGCGUGUCCGUGCACUUCUAGACUGUGGCAGAGUGGUCAUUGGUGGAGAGACAGAUGAGCAUGACCGUUACAUUGCCCCCACAGUGCUGGCUGACGUGAAGGAAUGGGAACCAGUCAUGCAACAGGAAAUCUUUGGACCUAUCUUACCUAUUUUCACUGUGGCAAGCUUGGAUGAAGCCAUCCAGUAUAUCAAUUGCAGGGGUCGCCCACUGGCUGUCUAUGCUUUUUCUUGUCACCGUCAGGUUGUGAACCGGGUAUUGGACUGUACCAACAGUGGCAACUUUUGUGGCAAUGAUGGCAUGAUGCAUGCAUCAUUGGUCUCCCUACCAUACGGUGGACUUGGACUCAGUGGGUUUGGCAAGUAUCAUGGCAAGUUCAGUUUCGACCUUUUCACUAACCAACGUGGCUGCCUCAUUCGCCACAUGGGCCUUGAAGCAAUCAACCUUAUACGCUAUCCACCCUAUACUGAAUGGAAACUGAGAAUGAUGAUGGCUGCUACAGAAGUGAGGCGCAGGUGCUUUUGCACCCUGCUGUGAACUCCCUAAACAGCACAGGCCUUAU